CAUGUAUUACAAACCAUCACGUGACAUGUUCGACCAAUCACGCCUGUCUCUGCGAUGACGUUUCCGAAUGCUGACAGAAAGGAGAGCUGUCACUACUCAUACAGAUACGGGAUGGUGUGAUACAGUGGGAAGUGAAAGAGGGAAUGGCCUCCUCUGUAAGCAUGGCCUCAGAGCUCAACAGCAUCAUCUUCAUAGCCAAACAGGAGCGCCACAAGAACCUUUUCCUCAACUACAGGAACCUGAAUGUCUUUCCUGUGGAGCUCCUAAAAGACGAAGGCCUGCAGUUCCUGGAAAGACUCUACAUGAAAAGAAACUUGCUCACAACACUGCCUGUUAAUCUAGCACAGAAACUGCCCAACCUCAUUGAACUCUAUCUGCACUCCAACAACAUUGUCUUCAUUCCACAAGAUAUCAAGAGUUUGACGAGGCUGCAGUCGCUGGAUCUGAGUGAUAACGCCCUGCAGGUGAUCUGCCCUGAGAUUGGACAGCUACGCACGCUACGCCAGUUAAGACUGUUUAACAACCAGCUGGAAUGGCUUCCACAAGAGCUGGGGAAUUUGAAGGAGCUGGAGACUCUGGAUGUGUCCAAGAAUCUGUUAAGGACUCUCCCAGAGCAGCUGCACCAGUGUGUGUCUCUAAAGUGUCUGUCAGCUGACCGGAACCUCCUGCAGUACAUCCCUCGUCAGCUGUGUCAGCUCCCAGAACUCAACGAGCUCUCCAUGGCUGGAAACUGCCUCAAAUCACUGCCUCUGGAUCUCGGCCGCUCCAUAAAGCUACAGUUCGUCUUCGUGGACAGCAAUGUUUGUCUUAAGGGUCUGCCAUCUUACCUGUAUAACAAGGUCAUCGGCUGUAACGGCUGUGGCAUUUCUCCAAACGUUUCUGACGUGACACAGCGGUUCCUGACCUUCGGAGAUAUGAAGGUGCCUCUGCCUUCUGAAGUGAAGUGUCUCGGCACUGAGGCUGACCGGGUGCUGACGUUAGAAGAGAUGGCCAUGAGAACACUGCAUGAAGCUUACAGCAGUAACAGGAAGGACUCCUUGCCAGAGUAUCUACUGCCCCCCAGCCUGCUCGAACUGUUCCAGUGUCCACUGGGUCACUGCCACCGCUGCAGUCAGCCAAUGUUCACCAUCGUCUACCCCAAACUAUUCCGCCUGAGAGACACCAGUCUGGCUGGAGUGCAUGGGAGAACGACGUUGAGUUUUGUAGCAUACUGCUGCUCCAGUUACUGUUUGCAGAUGUUUGACCUGCAGGGUUGAUAUCAACAUUUCAUCCCUCAUGGUUCUGUGGUCACGACGUGCCAGGAGAAUGUUCUGAUGUCUUGCAUUCGUCUUGCCCUACAGACUAACAGAGGACACCUUAGCUUUGGCAACCAUUCAAAGUUUGUAGUUGAGCUUUCAAUAGUCAAAGUCAGCAUAGGCACUUUCUCUCAAAAUAUGACUAGUUUCAUUUUAUGAAGGGAUUUUUUUUAACAGAGUAUAAAAACCCUUGAGAAUCUUUCUAAACCACAAGAAAGAUAAGAAAUAUUUUUUGAAUAUAGCCAAAUUUCCUACUUGAUGGAAGUGUCCUGAUGAUGUUCAGAUCUGUGUUAAAGUAUUUAUUCUUAUAAAGGUUUGAACUCUGUUUUGGAGAUUUUUUGUUUUCUGUUAUGACUGUUCUAGACCCGGUGAAGCACUAUAGAAUACACCAAUGCUAUUAAAACAAUACUGAAAUCUCAGUUUUCAAAUCUAAGUCUUGCCCUGACUAAUGUUGCUAACAAGUCCUAUAAAGGUGAAUUGUUGCAACAAUUAAUUCUAAACAAGCAAAUGACAAAUACUGAAAACUGAUCGUGCAACAUGGAUUUUCUUUAGUGCUAAACCACUCCUUUAAUGCAUCACGAUGUCAUCAAAUAAAUACGUUAUUUUCUGACCACAACCUCAAUCUACGUUCAUAUCUGCAAAGCUAUUCAGGAUUUUGUCAGGCUAGUCAUUGAUUUUUCCAACUAAACCUUUCCACAUGCACAUCUUUCUGAAAUGAAAUGACCUUUAGCGUUAUUUCUAGAUGAAACACCAUGGUUCCAUUCAUGUCUACUUACCUGGAGACUUGGAAACGUUAAGUAAAUAAACUUCACUCUUCAAUAA